UCGUGACUCAACGAGAAGGAAACAGAGAGCAUAACUUUUAAACUCAGCCGAUUUUUUUUUUUCAAAUUUUUCACCUUUUCCUCUUACAAAAGCCAUCUUCUUUUACCUUUAUAACGUUAUCUAAAGAAACCAGUUUCCCAAAGUUUCGAAUUUUUGGUUUUUGAAAAAAAUAAUGGAGAGUUUAGUGAAGAGCUGCGCAGGGAUCGAGAAGAAAAGAAGCAGUUUGACUCACUCGGUUGUGGAAGAUGUAGUAACAACAGAGUCAAAGGAGAGAAGCACUACGAGCUGGGAGAGCUCCUCCUCCUCUUCCUCCGGCGGCACCACCGUCGCUUCGUCUUCUCCGCCACCUCCGUCGCAGAUUCUUGGUUGGCCUAUUAGAAAAGCUUCAUUUCGAAAGAAUUCUAAGGAGAAUGUUAAAUUAGAUCAUAAAACAUCGACCCUUCACGAUGAUUCUGGUUUUAAAGAGAAAGAGAUGACUAUUACAGAUGUGGAUAUGAUGAAGGAGAGAUUUGCAAAGUUAUUGCUUGGUGAAGAUAUGUCAGGUUCUGGUAAAGGCGUGUGUACGGCUUUAGCCAUCUCCAACGCUAUCACUAAUCUCUGUGCUACUAUUUUUGGGCAACUAUGGAGAUUAGAGCCGCUUCCGAGGGAAAAGAAGGAGAUGUGGAGAAGAGAAAUGGAGUGGUUACUUAGUGUUAGUGAUCACAUCGUUGAGUUAACACCUUCUACACAAACUUACCAAGACGGCAAAAAGUUUGAGGUCAUGACUUUUCGACCAAGAUUUGAUCUUUUCAUCAACCUCCCUGCUCUUCGUAAACUAGACAAUAUGCUUCUCGAUAUAUUGGCGAGUUUCAAGAAAACCGAGUUCUGGUACGUUGAUCAAGGGAUUGUAGCUUCGGAAAACGAUGGCUCAGCUUCUUUCCGCAGAAAGAUUCAGCGUCAAGAGGAGAAAUGGUGGUUGCCUGUCCCUCGUUUAGCACCUAAUGGUCUUACUGAAGAAGCAAGAACAGAAUUGAAUCACAAGAGGGAAUGUGCAACGCAGAUACUUAAAGCUGCAAUGGCAAUCAACAGCCUUGUUUUAACCGAAAUGGACGUUCCUGAUUCAUACCUUGAAACCCUUCCAAAGAACGGUAGAUCCUGCCUUGGGGAUGUUAUUUACAAGUACAUAACAUCUGAGAAGUUUUCUGCUGAGUGUCUACUUGACUGUCUUGAUCUGUCCUCUGAGCAUAUAGCUCUUGAUAUUGCAAACCGUGUGGAAGCUUCGAUAUAUGUCUGGCGCAGAAGAGUAGAAACAAAACUUGGAGUCAACAACAGUAACAAUACUUCAGGCUCUACUACUCCGAGGUUAUCAUGGGAUAUAGUCAAAGAACGUAUGGCUGCUGGUGACAAAAGGGGAUUACUUGUGGAGAGAUCUGAAACUCUCUUACGUUGCUUGAAACAGCGGUUUCCAUCUCUAACUCAGACUUCUCUAGACAUUAGCAAGAUUCAAUGGAACAAGGAUAUUGGGAAAUCAAUCCUAGAAAGCUACUCGAGGACAGUUGAGAGCUUAGCAUCAAACAUCGUAGCACGAAUUGAUGAUUUACUCUACGUGGAUGACUUAACAAAACAAUCAGAGUCUUCCAGUCUGUUGUCAAAUCCAACGGUCAGCAGCAUUAUAGCUAACAAGAAAGUAGUACCAAUCCCUUAUCUAAUAUCAGCAUCAGGAACUCCAUACAGAACAAGCUUCUCAACAACACCAGGCUUCUCACCUUCAUUGAUUAGCCCCAAGAAAGUAGAGAGGAGGACACCUUACUCCAGCAAGGACAUCAACAAAGUCAGUGAGAAAGGUGGUCUUCCUUCUCGAGGAUUUGGAGUAAGAAGAGUCUUGAACAAUUAUCUUGGCAUGGAAUCAAAACUGAAAAUAUGCGUUAGUCCUUCAGAUAAUUCAGAUACAGCUGUGAUGAACCAAAUCAGCAAAGAAGGUGAAGAAGAGAAGAAAAGAAACUCCACAUCAGUACAUCAAAAAGGUCCUCCAAAGUACACCGUCUCUUAAGACCUUUUAACAACUCAAUAGAGACGAGUGUAUAAUAACAGAUGCAGACAUGGAUUUGAUUUGUUUGAUAUUAUUAUUACUUGUACUGUGUUUAUCUUAUUUCCAAUGGUAAAGUGUCUACU